AUGAGCCGAAGACGGCUGCGCGAAACAACUUUACUGGAUCGUGUGUAUGAGCACGUAGUGUUGCCCCCUAUCGUUCUGCAGGCGCUCGAUACGGCGGCGUUUCAGAGACUUCGUUCGCUGAAACAGCUUGGGGUAUCGUCGUUCCUGUACCCUGGGGCUGUUCACACCCGUUUUGAGCAUAGUAUUGGUGUGGCGCACAUGGCACGACACCUUCUCCUGAAUAUAAAACGUCGUCAACCAGACUUGGGCAUAACCGAUGAUGAUAUAAACAAGGCGAUGCUUGCUGGUCUUUACCAUGACAUUGGACACGGGCCGUUUUCACACCUUUUUGAGGAUGUCAUCACUAUGCGUUGUGGUGUUGUGUUCAACCAUGAAGAAAUGUCAGAGCGCAUCUCUAGGCGUGUGUUGGGGCGGUUGCUUCCUUCUGAUGAUGUUGAAGACAUCAUUGGUCUUAUGCGUGGGAAUUGUCUUCCUGUGACGAAGUACGGCGAAAUUAUCAGUAACAAGAGGAAUGGGAUUGAUGUGGAUAGACUGGACUACUUUAUUCGUGACUCGCUGUGCUGUUUUGGAAAACCGACAGUGGAUGUACGCAUCAAUCGCCUCUUUAACUCUGCACGUUUGGUUUGUGACGGUGGUCAAUGGCAACUUUCCUUUGAGGAGAAGCUUGCACAUUCCCUGCGUGAACUCUUCACGCUUCGCGCAAAAUUACAUAAGAAUGUCUACCAACAUCAUGUUGUAAAAGCGAUUGGACACAUGAUUGGGGACGUUUUUCACAUGGCCGUGCCAUACUUCAAGGUGGGCGGCCAUACACUCCCCGAGUGUGCCGCCAAUGAUGAGUUAAUGCUGAAGCUUGGUGACUGGGUGUUAGAAGCGAUUGAGAGCAGUGCGGAGGAGAAACUGCGGCCGGCGCGGGACCUCAUUGCCCGUCUACGCGCACGUGACAUUUACCGCCUUGCCUUCUCGCGAACUCUGCGUCCCGACGUGACACUUCCACCAGAGUGGCUGGCAAGUCUCUCUGAUAAUAUUGUAGCAUGCGCAAGCCCCUCCCAGCCUGUCACCACGGCAGACUUCAUUGUAGAUCUUGUGGUGAUUAACCAAGGAAAGGGGCGCAACGACCCACUGCGCAGUGUUCUGUUUUUCAAUCCCAAGAGACCCUCGCAGCCUCCCUCGAGAAUUUCAGAGGAAAUGGGCUACAGCCCACUCUUCACCCCUUUUGCCUACGAAGAAUGCACACUAAUGGUAUUUGAACGACGGGACACAGGUGGAGCCGUUCGUGCAGCAUGCGAACGAUUAGCGGCAAACGAUAUGCAGAGGACUUUCUUUAUGCACUCGUUACCGUUCUACAACGAAGCUUGA